AAUAUAUAAAAAUGAAGAAUAGCAUCAAUUGUUUUAAUAAAUUUUGGACGUUUUCCGGAAUGAAUAUUGUCAUUCAGCUGAUAUUUAUUUAUUUUUGUCGGAUAACAGAAACAGCAGACCUUGUAAUCUCAAUAUCAGGAAUCUCACGACAAGAAGGUGCCACAUAUCGUUUGAACUAUUCACCGCCUCAUGGUGUUCCAGCUCCAAAUACAACUAUAGCGUCCAGAGAUAUUGUUGAUGACAAUAUACAAUUCUCACAGGGUUUACCAGGAACCAAAUAUGAUUUUCGAUUAUAUUAUUCUAAUGAAACGUACACCGAUUGGCUGACGUGGACGGCGAGUAUUACAACAGCACCAGAUCCACCAGCCAACCUUUCAGUUUCCGUUCGUGGCGGAAAAACAGCAAUAGUAUCAUGGGAUCCGCCGGCUCAAGGCGGUCAUUCAAGUUACCGUAUGAAAUUAGUACCAUUAUCACAUUCAGAUAAAACAAAACCACAGCAAUUUCAAAUUGAAGAAAGUGAAUUACCGUACACAUUUAAAGAUUUAACGCCUGGUGCAUCAUAUCAAGUGCAAGCAUUUACAAUAUUUGAUGGUAAAGAAAGUGUCGCGUAUACAUCAAGAAAUUUUACAACGAAAAUGAAUUUCCGUCGUCGAUAUAAACCAUCAUUAUCCCGCAAACCCAAUACACCCGGUAAGUUUAUUGUAUGGUUUCGAAAUGAAACAACGCUCUUAGUGUUAUGGCAGCCACCAUAUCCAGCCGGUGUCUACACCCAUUACAAAGUCAGUAUAGAACCACCAGACGCCGCAGAUAGUAUACUAUAUGUCGAGAAAGAAGGUGAACCUCCUGGUCCAGCACAGGCAGCUUUCAAGGGCUUAGUUCCCGGUCGCGCUUACAACAUAUCCGUUCAAACAAUGAGUGAAGAUGAAAUUUCUACUCCAACAACAUCACAAUAUCGUACUGUACCCAAUCGACCUGGUAACGUUACCAUUGAAAAAGUUACAUCAAAUUCGUUCAGAGUCAAUUGGGAGCCACCACAAGGAUUUAGUGAAUUCGAUAAGUAUCAAGUUUCGUAUGGUACUGGGCGUAAACAAUCACCACCAGUAACACGAUCACGAGAGGAUCAGGCAACAUGGUGGGAAUUCAAAGAUAAUUUAGAACCUGGUAAAAAAUACCAAGUCGUUGUUAAGACUGUUUCGGGAAAAGUAGCUUCAUGGCCUUCAAGCGGAGAUGUUACUUUAAUACCUUUGCCUGUACAAGACUUGCACGCCACAACUGAUGAGCGCACGGGCGUUGUAACACUUCACUGGACUCCUGAUCCUAACGGUGUUCAAGACGAAUUUUUAAUAACAUACCAUGAAGUAGAUACUUUGAACGGUGAUAGUAACGAUAUAACAGCUUAUAAUACUUCAUUGGAACUGGAAAAUUUAUUACCUGGUCGAAAUUAUUCUAUCAUUGUUCAAGCCGUAUCUAGUAAAAUGAAAUCAAAUGAAACUUCUACACAUGUAGCUACCAGACCAAGUGCACCAAUUAUUGAAGAUUUAAGACCUAUAAUUGAUGGAUUAAAUAUCAGUUGGAAAUCCGAUGUGAAUUCUAGGCAGGAUAAAUACGAAAUACAAUAUAUUAGGAACGAUACUGGAGAUAGGGAAACAAAAACAACUCAAGGUCAAGAUACAAGGAUAAUAUUAACAGGACUUUACCCUGGUGCUGGGUAUAAUGUAAAAGUGUACGCAGUUAGCCAUGAAGGUCUCAGAAGUGAACCACAUAAAAAUUUCCAAGCUGUUUUUCCACGACCACCUCGUAAUAUAUCUGUUGAACGCAUGACAAGUACAUCGGUAGUUGUUCAUUGGGAACCACCAUAUGGUUCCAUAUUCUCAGAGUAUGCCAUUAGGUACCGAACUGAUAGUGGCAAAAUAUGGAUUAAUUUGCCAUCAGUUACAGACAAUGAAGCCGAAGUUUUUGAUAUGAUACCUGGUGAAAAAUAUACUAUUCAAGUCAACACUGUGAGUUUCAACGUUGAAAGCAAUGGCCCCUUACAAGUGAAUCAAACAGUCCGUCCAAAUCCCGUAUCAAAUAUUGCACCUCUGGUUGAUUCAAGUAAUGUGACAUUAGAAUGGCCACGGCCAGAAGGUCGAGUUGAAAUCUACAUAGUUCGAUGGUGGGCAACUGAUCACGAAAAUGAUGUACAUCAACUAAACGUUACUCAACCACCAGAAGUUUUGGAUUCACUUUCAAGUUCUGCAAAUAAUGUCCGAGUUUUAAUUGGUGAAUUAAUUCCGGGCAUUGAGUAUACAUUCCAAAUACGAACAAUGUCUUAUAAUUUGGAAAGUGAUGUUACUGUUUUAUCAGCACGAACAAUGCCACUAAUUCAAUCGGAAGUUGUGGUUGUUAACAAACCUCAAGAAACGGAUUCGAUAAGUUUACGUUAUACACCAACACCACAAACAUCGUCUCAUUUCGAUUUAUACCGCUUCAAAUUAUCAGCUUCUGGUGUGCCGAUUAUUGAAAAGGGUGCCAAUGACUCAGAGCGUCUUGUAACAUUUACAGGACUAGAACCGGGACGUUUGUAUAAUAUUACUGUUUGGACAGUUUCACAUGGAGUAGCUAGUCAGCCAUUACAACGACAGGAUCGUUUAUAUCCAGAACCUAUUACAAGUAUAAAUGCUACCCAGAUAAAAGACACGGAAAUCACCCUAAAUUGGGAUACACCACGGGGUGAAUUCAACGCCUUUGAAGUACAAUAUUUGACGACAGAAAAUAUUUACAUACAAAAUUUGACACUACAUAAUUACAUAACAAUCAUGGAUUUAAAACCUCAUAGAAAUUACACAUUUACUGUUGUCGUACGUUCUGGCACAGAAUCCAGUGUUUUAAGGCGUUCAUUACCAGUAUCAGCCAUAUUUACUACCAAGGAAUCUGUACCAGGAAAAGUAGAUAGUUUCCAUCCAGUUGAUAUACAUCCAAGCGAUGUGCUGUUCCAAUGGGCACUUCCUAGUACUGAACAAAAUGGAAUUAUUUUACGUUUUACAAUUACAUAUGGCUUAGAAGGAUCAUCUCAUACACAGGUGAAAGAAUUUAAGCCAAAUGAAUUCCGAGGAAUAAUUAAGUCAUUAAUUCCUGGAAAACAGUAUGUAUUCCGAAUACAAGCCGAAACGAAAAUUGGAUUUGGGCCCGAAGCAAUUUGGAAACAAAAAAUGCCAAUUCUAGCACCACCCAAACCAAAUACGCGCGUUGUACCAACUGAAGUUUACAAAUCAUCAACAACCAUACAAAUUCGAUUUAGAAAGAACUACUUUAGUGAACAAAAUGGAGCAGUGGUGUCGUAUGCGAUUAUCGUGGCAGAAGAUGAUUCGAAAAAUUCAUCUAGCUUAGAAAUGCCAACAUGGCGUGAUGUACAAGCUUACACACUAUGGCCCCCAUAUCAAGUUAUGGAUCCAUAUUAUCCAUUCCAAAAUAGUUCGGUUGAAGAUUUUACUAUUGGUACCAGCGCUUGUGAUGUUCGACAACAGGGAUAUUGUAAUGGACCACUUAAAUCUGGUUCAACGUAUCGGGUGAAAAUUCGAGCUUUUACAGCCCCUGAUAAAUUUACUGAUACUAGUUACAGUUUUCCAAUUCAAACAGAUCAGGACAAUACACCAAUAGUAUUUGGUAUUACAAUUCCAGUGACAUUAUUAAUUCUUUUAUUGGUGGGAGUUAUUUUACUAAGAAGACAUAGAUCAGCAGGACGAAAAGCAACUGAAACACGUGGAAACGACACAGUAUCAUUACCCGAUUCAGUUAUUGAUCCAAACCGACCUGUCUUAAUAGAAAAUUUUUCGGAUCAUUAUCGUAUAAUGUCAGCUGAUUCAGAUUUUCGAUUUAGUGAAGAAUUUGAAGAGUUAAAACAUGUGGGUCGUGAUCAACCUUGUACAUUUGCCGAUUUACCAUGUAAUCGACCGAAAAAUCGGUUUACUAAUAUUCUUCCAUAUGAUCAUUCUCGAUUCAAAUUGCAACCAGUUGAUGAUGAAGAAGGAUCUGAUUACAUAAAUGCUAACUAUGUACCGGGUCAUAAUUCACCACGAGAAUUUAUUGUGACACAAGGUCCAUUACAUUCGACGAGAGAUGAUUUUUGGCGUAUGUGUUGGGAAUCCAAUUCACGUGCAAUUAUUAUGCUAACAAAAUGUAUCGAAAAAGGUCGAGAAAAAUGUGAUCAUUAUUGGCCGUACGAUACCUUACCAGUAUAUUAUGGUGAUAUUUUUGUUCAGAUAUUAAAUGAAAGUUUGUAUCCUGAUUGGAAUGUUACAGAAUUUAUGGUGUGUCGAGGAGAUGUACAAAGAGUUAUAACACAUUUCCAUUUCACAACAUGGCCAGAUUUUGGAGUACCAAAUCCGCCACAUACAUUAGUCAGAUUUGUUAGAGCAUUUAGAGAAAAAAUUCGGCCAGAUCAAAGGCCGAUUGUAGUGCAUUGCAGCGCUGGAGUCGGUAGAUCAGGUACAUUUAUAACACUUGAUCGAAUAUUACAACAAAUACAAGUUGCUGAUUACGUCGAUAUUUUCGGUAUCGUUUGGGCAAUGCGUAAAGAGCGAGUUUGGAUGGUGCAAACAGAACAACAGUAUAUUUGUAUACACCAAUGUCUGUUAGCGGUUCUAGAAGGAAAAGAACUCACGGGACCACCUCGAGAGAUUCAUGAUAAUCAAGGUUUUGAAGCAGGCAAGGGGGGUGCUGAAGCUGCUCCUAUGGAUACGGUACAAGAUCAGGGGGGUGAAAAGGAGAGAUGAAUCGCUUAUUACAUGAACACUGGUGGUGAUGAUGAAGGAAUAGCUGAAUCUGGAAUGUAGAAAAAUAAAAUACAUUCAUGGAAAGUAUGAAUCUCAUGUGAAUCCGUUUGUAGAUCUAAGUGAUCCGUCUACCUGUGCCAAGCUUUUAGCAGUUUUGUUUUUUUUUGUUUGAAUUGAAGUAUUUUCUGAACGCUGUGGAACAAAGUCAAAGACUUUAUUUUAUUGUUUAUAUUGUAUAUAAAUAGAUUGUUUAUUUUUUAAUUAUUUACUUGCGCGUAUUGCGAGAAACGUCCAUUAUUAUAUAAUAGAUUCACUGCAAUUUUAUAAUACAAUUAUAUUUUGCCUUGCUAAAUUUUUAGGAGUCAUUUUUUUUUAAUUCUAUAAAUUGGUCGAAUUAUGCAUAUAGCUACAUGUUGUAAAUUAUUUUUUAUUUGUCAUGUUACGUAAGAAGCUAUUUUAACUGAGUUAAAAACAGCACUGUUAGUAUUAAUGACUUCUUUUUCUACCGUACUUAUUAACAAUUAUGACAAUCAAAUAUUAGUAUCUCUGAAAAUUUUGAUGUAUAACUUCUUCUGAACUUAUUCAGAAUUGCUACGUCACUAUGUGUGAAGCUAAAUAAAUCACUUUCAUGCUACUGUAGAAAAUGAAGCAUUUAAGGUUGCAAUUCUAUGGAAAAAUAUGAGUCCGGGCUCAAAAUGUUCGUAUGAGAUUGUUGAACAAAAUCAUAUUGAUUCAAAUGUGUGCUUUUACCAUGCGCGCGCUCAAAAGUUCGCUUAAACUAAUUAUGCUGAAAAAUCAACAGCUAUUGGAUCUUAUAUGCUUAGAAUAGCACAAAAUAUGCAUGCUAAAAGAACAUUUUCUAACCAAUAUGACUUUGUUCUCCACGCUCAUACAAACAUUUUCAGCCCGAUCACUUAAAAAUUCAUAAUGUUUCAUAGAAUUGCAACCUUGAACCUUUAUCCGGCUUCAUUUCUAAGAGAAUGCAUAAAACCCGAUAAAGUAAAAAAUAAUAUAUAUUUGGGCGAUUAUUUUUUGAAGCGCUUUUAUCAGCUGAACAGUCGUAUAGAAUAAACGUAGCAACGCACAUCAAAAAAUGUCCGUAUUAAAACACAGCAUUGUUGUAGCAACCACCGUCAUAAUCUCAAAAAUUAAAUUAUUCCGAGCGGCCUAAUAAAAUCUAACCUUUUGAUUCUAUUGACUACAUUCACUACAAUGGGAUAUUUAUUGAGUCAUCCGGUGGAAUAUAAAUUUUUAUCGUCCUGUAGCUGCUUGCUACAACCGUACACGGUGUCAAUAGCGCUAACAAAAUUUGUUCACGCUUAGAAAUAAGAGUAACAAAAUCUUAAAAACAAUGAAAGUAUUCCAAUUAAAUCUAAAUUUUACCAAGAUUAGCAAUUACCAAAAUGCUCCUUUAAAUUAUAGGCAUAAGAGCUCAACUCCAUUCAAACGUUAAGCGAUGUAAUAAAGCGUUGACGUUAACCAAUCAGAAGAACGCAUUUGCUACGUUGCGUAACAUUAAUACGAUGGCAAAUGUUGGUUUUUAAUUUCUUAAUGCCAGCGUUUCACAUCGCUUAACGUCUGAAUGGAGCUGACCCUUAGUAUUUCUGUAUUAUUGUACAUAUUUAUAAAAAAAUUAAUUACAUAUCACCAGAUAAAAUCCUGUAUUAAAAAUUUUGUACUAAACAAAUAUUUAAUUAUCUUAAAAUACGAUGCUUACUUUUUAUACUUAAUCAAGUGAGGAUAAAGUAGUUAUCCUUUUUAGAAAAGUAUUAAGAGAUAUGUAUGUAUAUUUAUAAAAACGGAGGUGGU